AUGGGUAAAGCAUUUGAUAUUUCAGUUAAAGCAGGCCGUGAUUUCAAUCUCAAAAUUAUUGAUUACUGGAAUAUCAAGGAAGAUUGCAGUGCCAAUUUUCAGUUCAAAUCAACAACUUGCAGCUCUGAAGAAUCGACUAGUUGCUCCAUUGGAUCAGCAUCUUCAUCAGACAUGCUUGCUGAUGAUGCAUCAUCAUCAUCAACUUGCUCAUCACCAGAGAGUCAUGAUCUGCAUGAGUUUUCCGAGCCAAUGACAUCACAACUUCCCAUAAAAAAAGGGCUCUCAAAGUAUUAUAAUGGAAAGGCGAGGACUUUCACAUCACUUUCAGAGGUGAAAUGUGUAGAAGAUUUGGCUAAGAAAGAAAUCCCUUUUGUGAAGAGAGGCCAUAGGCCGUCAUUUCAGUCCCCAAAGGCUAUCAUAUCAAAGAAAAAUACAAGAAGAGGUUCUGCCACUUCUUUAGUAUCAUCCAAGACUUUGAGCUGUCGUUUCAAUUUAAAUUGCAAAUAAACGAGCACCAGAUACUACCAGAAACUUUUUGGGGGUGAAUCUUAUGAGUUAUGAAGAUCAUCAACCUUUU